UCGAAGACUUUCCUUAAGCGCGGCGGCACUCUAGAGAGAAACAGCAAUUCUGACGUUCGCGACUCGCGAAGAAAAGGUGGGAAAGAUGGACCCGCAAGAUGUCCCUGGCAUCGUCCCGGAAACUCACCAUUCGUUGGACCAACGACCAGCGGACGACGAUUUACAGGUCGUGCCCCAACCUGUAAUCAUGAAUGCAGGGGAGAGAGACGAGAUCCAAGAAGAGAACUUGCUCAUGGACGAUGACGACAGCGAAGACUACGAAAGCGGGCUAGACUUUUCGGCAUCGUCCGAUUCCAAUAGGGAUGGGACCGCGAACAAUGGUCAGGCCGAAGCCUCGGACACAUCCGACAGCGAGGAAGGCCAGAACGACGAGAGCGACUCCGAUCACGAUUCUGACCGCGAUGUAUAUCACUAUCCGAGAUGGAAUCUGGUUGCGGUUGACGAAAACGGUCGGCCGCGAGAGCUUCAUAUCCACCGUCCGAGCACUCUGAGACAGUUGGUGGCCAGAACCCAGACGACGAACUCCUCCUACGUGUUCUGGUACAUGCUGCGGGCGGUGUUCGCCGGGAGCUUGCCGGUGGUGUCGACGUUGCUCGCGCUCGGCAUGGACCCCAACGACCCGCGGUUGCGCUACCCGGACGGUGCGACCGCGCUGCACGUCGCAGCCUUCCGCGGCCACGCGGAGAUCGUCGUGGCGCUGCUGCGCUUCGGAGCCCGCGUGAGCGCCGUCUGCAACGCCCGCUGCACCCCCCUGCACCUCGCGGUCAUCCCGGGCUGGCUGCAAGUCGCGGUUGGCCUCCUGCCUCAACUUCUGUCAUUGCGCUUCGACUCUACAUUAACUAAAGGUUAG